ACCCCCCACCCCACCCAGGACGCGCCAGGCUGUGAGUGAGCGCUCGAGAGUAUUUCCACCGCACGAGAGAGUGAAAUACAACAGUCAAACCGCAGAAAGAGGGAGAGAGAGACACACACACACACAUCGGCACAACCGGAGCAGCUUUUCAAUGAAUUACACAGCAGCAACAUGCGCUUCACAGCCACGCCUGCCCUGAACACCACAGCAAACUAGGAUACAAGGUCCCCUGGCGGGCUGGUUCCUCUCCGUGUUCAAUCACCUCCUUUAUUUCUUCUCCUCCGCUGAACUCCAGAAGCCUUUUGAGGGGUGAGAUCAUGGCACCGUUUUCCUCUCGACGCUCUUCUAUCCUCGUUCUGAGUCUCGUCCUCGUCCUUUCUCUGCCCCCAUCCUGUUCUCCCGAAUCCCAGCGUGAAGAACCGUCUCUCCCGCCCUCCAUCGCUCCUUCAGCGAUUCCCUCAGAGCUCUCCUAUAACGUGACCGAUGACAUCGAUGGACCCGCUCCUAAAAAAAAGUGCAGCGACCCUGUCGAGUGCAGGCCUGGGAUCGUCCUGCCCGUAUGGAUGCCUGUCAAUCCCAGUCUCGGAGAGCAGAUCGUGCGGGCCGUCAUCUAUUUCGCCACACUCAUGUACAUGUUUCUGGGAGUGUCCAUCAUCGCUGACAGAUUCAUGGCAUCCAUCGAGGUCAUCACGUCACAGGAGAAAGAAGUGACCAUCACUAUGCCCAGCGGAGAAACGUCGGUGGCCACUGUGAGAAUCUGGAACGAGACCGUGUCCAAUUUGACCCUGAUGGCACUUGGAUCCUCCGCCCCUGAAAUUCUCCUGUCAGUCAUUGAGGUGUGUGGUCAUGGUUUUAAGUCCGGUGAGCUGGGUCCAGGCACCAUUGUGGGCAGCGCUGCCUUUAAUAUGUUUGUGAUCAUUGGAAUCUGUGUGUGGGUGAUUCCUGAAGGCGAGGUGAGGAAGAUUAAACAUCUGAGAGUCUUCUUCAUCACCGCGUUCUGGAGUAUCUUCGCUUACAUCUGGCUCUACCUGAUCCUGGCUGUCAUCUCACCUGGAGUCGUGGAGAUAUGGGAAGCUCUUGUCACUCUCUGCUAUUUCCCCGUUUGUGUGAUUCUGGCGUGGAUCGCUGACCGGCGCCUCCUUUUCUACAAGUACAUGUCCAAACGCUACCGUGCCGACAAGAGAACAGGUGUUGUUGUUGAGACAGAGGGGGAAUUGACCCCCAAAGGUAUGGAGAUGAUGAUGGACGGCAAGUUUCCACUGAGGGGUGGAGCCAUAGGGAUCGGCACACAGGAACAUUACCAGGAUGGGACCGGCAACACAACAGGCACCAUGGCAACUCUACCCAACUCAAACAGCACUACCGUUUACAUGGAAGGUGCCAAGGAGCUGGACGAGAGCCGUAAAGAAGUGAUCCGUAUCCUGAAGGACCUGAAGCAGAAAUAUCCAGAUAAGGAGCUGGAUCAGCUGGUAGACUUGGCCAACUACUACGCCCUCCUUCAUCAGCAGAAAAGCCGUGCCUUUUAUCGUGUCCAGGCCACACGCAUGAUGAUCGGGGCCGGUAAUGUGCUGAAGAAACACACGGCGGAUCACUCUCGACGCACUGUUGUGGUGGGCGGCAACGAGCCUUUGGAGGAGACCGAUCUGGCCGUCUGUAGCCACAUCUCCUUCGAGACCGCGUCUGUCCAGUGCAUGGAGAACUGCGGCACCGUCAUGAUACCUGUGGUGUGUCGAGGAGGCCUGGGGGAGAGCACUUUCUACAUCGACUACUGUACAGAAGAUGGCACAGCCAACGCUGGAUCAGAUUAUAAGUACUGCGAAGGGACGCUGGUGUUCAAACCUGGAGAAACCAGGAAAGACAUUAAGGUGGGAAUCAUCGACGAUGACAUCUUUGAGGAAGACGAACAUUUCUUUGUGCGUUUGCUGAAUCUGCGUAUCGGUGAUGCGGAGGGUAUGUUUGAGAGUGACGACACGGAUCAGGGUCCCAAGGCCCGGCUGGUGGAGCCGCUGAUGGCUACGGUCACCAUCCUGGACGACGACCACGCGGGGAUCUUCACUUUUACAGACCACCUGGUGCGAGUGAGCGAGAGCGUGGGCACCAUGGAGGUGACGGUGGUCCGGAACUCUGGCGCCCGCGGAACCGUGAUCAUUCCGUACCACACGGAGCCCGGAACGGCCCAUGGGGGAGGGGUCGACUACGAGGACACACACGGAGAGCUGGAAUUCGCCAACGACCAGACAACUCAGACCUUUCAGGUGAGGAUCAUUGAUGAUGAAGAGUACGAGAAACGUGAGAAUUUCUUCAUCGUUCUUGAGGAACCUCGCUGGCUGAAGAGGGGCAUCUCAGCCCUGCUGCUGAACCAAGAGGAUCCGGAGGCACAGUUGAGCACGGAGGAGGAGGAGGCCAGGAAGAUAGCGGAGAUGGGCAAACCUGUUCUGGGGGAGCACAGCCGGCUGGAGGUGGUGAUCGAGGAGUCCUAUGAAUUUAAGAGCACCGUUGAUAAACUGAUCAAGAAGACUAACCUGGCGCUGGUCAUCGGCACUCAUUCCUGGCGAGAGCAGUUUGUGGAUGCAGUGACCGUCAGUGCAGGUGAUGGAGACGAUGACGAAGACGAGGGUCGAGAGGAGCGUCUCCCGUCCUGCUGCGAUUACGUCAUGCACUUCCUGACAGUGUUCUGGAAGGUUCUGUUCGCGUUCGUUCCGCCCACGGAGUACUGGAACGGAUGGGCCUGUUUCGUGGUGUCCAUCAUUGUAAUUGGCCUCCUCACUGCGGUCAUCGGAGACCUGGCGUCUCACUUCGGCUGCACUGUCGGCCUUCGCGACACUGUCACCGCAGUCGUGUUUGUGGCUCUGGGCACUUCUAUCCCAGACACUUUCGCCAGUAAAGUCGCCGCUACUCAGGAUCAGUACGCAGACGCCUCCAUCGGAAACGUCACCGGCAGCAAUGCCGUCAACGUGUUCCUGGGUAUCGGCGUGGCCUGGUCUGUGGCGGCCGUGUACUGGGCCAUCAAGGGCAAGAGGUUUCUCGUGGACCCCGGAUCAUUGGCCUUUUCCGUCACACUCUUCACUAUUUUUGCCUUCGUCUGCAUGGGUGUACUACUGUUCCGGCGCCGACCGUCAAUCGGGGGAGAGCUGGGCGGCCCUCGUGUCUCGCGUAUCCUCACUACACUCCUCUUUCUGGGUCUGUGGUUCCUCUAUAUCCUCUUCUCCAGCCUUGAGGCCUAUUGCCACAUCGAGGGCUUCUGAACGGCCCUGCAGAGAGAGAGAGAGGGGGGGAGGGGGGAGGUUUUGAGGCUCGGAGCCAAGAAGCUACACACAUCAACACAAAUUUGCACACACACUUACAAAACACGUAUUUGGUGAGUCGUUGAAUACAAGGAUCGUUCAACUUAGAUGUAUCCAAGAACCCUGGUAGAGAAUUUGAGGCGGAAGAAGUUCAGAGAAAAACAACAAGAGAUGGACGAUGUUUGAGAGAGAUGGAAGAAGAGGAGUUUAUGAAUGCAAAGCAUGUAGCAAAAUGGAAAGAAAGAAGAGUGGAGGCAAAAAAAAGAGUGUAAAGCACUAAAACAAAAGAGGGAGCGAUGAUGUAAAAUAGUCUUUUCGUCUCUCGAGCUCAUGGGCAGGACUGACGACUUUUGUUUAGCACUGCAGACAUUUGUGACAUAACAGGCUUUUUACGGUUCAAGGGCACAAUACAUCAGAGGAAAGAGAAAAGGAAACG